UACCUGCGUUUUACCUGCGUGCAAAAAAGAGGAGGAGGAGUGAGCAACAAACAGUGACGGGUUGGGAGCGUCACCUGAGCGCAGUUAAACGACUUUCGAAAAGCCCAAAAUUCGAGUGGUGCGUUUCGAAUUAAGAGGCCCGAACUGAAAUUCGAUCCGGCGAGGAAAUUGAAAAGCGAAAAGCGCGCCGAGAGGUUCAAUUGAUGGAAGGAGCAGCGUGAGUCACGGUCCGAGCGCGGAGGAGGCGAGGGGCAUUGGCCUUGGCUGCGUUUUUUCAAAAGCUCCAUACUCGCUUUCGGUUAGUCGUGCAUGAAGACUUGGGUGUGGACUGCACUUGGACGGCCGAGAGAUGAGCGUGCGAGCCGCGGUGCUGGUGCUCGUCGUGCUGCAAGGGUUGCUCGGUGGUGCUCAGGAGAGCGGCCGCCGACCCUGGGACUCGCAAACACCCCGCAGCACGUACCUCGACCAGCAACAGCAAAAAGACAUCUACGAAAACAGCAGACGUUUUGGUGAAUACUUGGACAACAAAGAGCAGCGCAACUGGGGCUACCCUGACCGCGGCUAUGGACACCAGCAGCCUGGUGUGGCCAAUUCGGACGGUUACUACUUCAACACAAGGUUGAGGGGUGGCGUCGGCGCCGGAGGAAUUGGUGGAAACUUUUACGGCAACCGGUAUGACGACCCCCUGCACAGCACCCCCUUCCCCGAGCCGGGAAUCCUGGCCGGGUGGCGAUCUGACCUUCAGGGUCGGCAGCGCCCCGACUCGAUCAACUUGGUCAACGACAGAGACGUCUACGUGACUACGCCCUUUGGCCAAAUCCAGGGCUUCAAAGUGCACCUGUACGACAACCCUGACCCACACUCGUACUUCCGACCUGGCCAGUCACCUGUGGAAAGGGUCCAGGGCAACUGCAGCGUCUUCCUCGGCAUCCCUUAUGCACAACCACCUGUGCGAGAGGGACGUUUUAAACCUCCAAGAGCUCACAAAGGUUGGCAGUUGCUGCAAGCCGUUGAUUUUGGGCCAGCAUGUCCCCAACCAGUCAAGUACACUGGGGCUACAAAAGGAAUCAGGGACGUUGAUGAAGAUUGUCUUUACCUCAACGUCUAUUCUCCCACUACUGCUUCUGGCUUGGCGCAACCCUACCCUGUAAUGCUGUACAUUCACGGCGGUGACUUUCAAAAGGGCGCCUCCAACCUUUUCCCAGCCCACGUGAUGGCAUCUUUUUACGAAGUGGUGGUUGUAACCAUCAACUACCGUCUUGGCGCUCUAGGAUUUCUCAGCACUGGAGAUGAAAACUCGCCGGGCAACUACGGCAUCCUGGAUCAAGCAAUGGCCCUUCGCUGGGUUCACGAAAACAUUGAGUUUUUCAAUGGAGACAGAAAUCUCAUCACACUGUUCGGGCCUGGCGCCGGAGCUGCUUCUGCCGGACUACUGAUGGUUGCGCCAAGAACAAGAGGCCUUGUUUCCAGAGUCAUUGCUCAGAGUGGUUCUGCCCUUGCUGACUGGGCCAUCAUUGAGGAUGUGUACAGAGCUCAAAAUACGAGCAGAGUUUUUGCUCGAUUGCUCGGCUGCAGUAUCGAAUCUUCUUGGAAGAUUGUUAGUUGCCUUAAACAAGGCAGGAACUUCUAUGAAUUAGGAAACGCUGAUUUUCAGCCUGAGGUUGGAACAUUCCCAUGGGGUCCUGUGCUAGACAAGAGUUUCAAAGUGCCCGAAGACGGUUGGUAUGACGGCUGGAGAGAACGAGACUGGCACAUGUUCCAGGAAAUGCCUGAAAAGUCCAUCAUCAAAGGCGAAUUCAACAGGGGCCUCUCUUACUUGGGGGGAAUCACUCACGACGAAGCCGCAUACUUCAUUUACAACAAUGACAGUCUAGCACCUGAUUUUGAAGUCAAUGAAGAGUUUUUCAACCAGAAAGUGAGAGAGUUUGUCCUCAAGUACAACUACACUUUGAACCCCGAGGGCGUCUAUGACGCUAUCAAAUACAUGUACACAUACUGGCCUGACCCGCAAAAUGUCACUCACAUUAGGGAACAAUACAUAAAUUUGCUUUCGGACUUCCUAUACCGGGCACCAAGCGACAAAAUGGCAAAACUGCUUGUCCAACAGAAAGUCCCCGUUUUUCUUUAUCAUCUGAAUACAUCUGUGGAGGCCCUCAGGACGCCUUACUGGAGGAGGGUGCCACAUGACACAGAAUAUUAUUUCCUUACUGGAGCACCUUUUAUGGAUCACGAAUUUUUCCCUAAAAAGCUGAGACUGGAAAAUGUGAGGUGGACAGACAGUGACCGAAACAUGAGUCACUUCUUCAUGAGAGCCUACACAUAUUUCGCAAGAUACGGUCAUCCUUCUCACGAACAAAUUUUGGGACUGCACUUUGAUAUGGCAAAGACUGGACAUCUUUAUUAUCUCAACAUCAACACUACCUACAAUUCCAGCAUCAUGCUCAACUACAAUCAAAAGGAAUGCGCCUUCUGGACCAACUAUUUGCCCAGUGUAAUCGGAAUGCUUGUCCCAACCUAUCCUCCGACCACUGAGUUCUGGUGGGAGCCAAAUGAACCUCUCCAGAUUGCAUUCUGGAGCGUCUCUGGCACUUGUUUGCUGCUCAUCGUCAUCGUGUUCAUUUGCUGUGUCUUGUGGAGGAAUGCAAAAAGGGACACGGACAUCUACAGCAGCGGCAACCUGAUCGACCGGGACGCCGAGAGCCACCUGAACGCCUACGAGUUCAGUUCAGUGCCAAUGGAGAAGCCGCAAGUUCCGAUCGCACCUAGGCCAGUCGUCCAAUCGAACCCGAUGCCGCAGUCGAGAGGCCCAGGCCCAACCAAGGCCAUGAGCACCCCUUCCCUGAGGAGUGGCGGCAGCGCCUCCUCCCUCAGGGGCGAUUCCUCCUCCCUCAGGGAUGAAUACACAACUGCAAGCAGACCUAGUCUCGCCCCUUCGUCCACCACCAGGUACCCUAGACCUCACAAGCAACAGCAACAACUUCUGCACGACCUUGUGCCACAAACUCAAGUUUGAGAGACUCCAAAAGUGCAAAAAAUACUUCAACCUUUUGUUGUUUGUAAAAAUUCAAUUUUUAACUGAGCACAAAAAGGGAACCUUAAUUUUGAGGAGGUUUGGUGCGUGUCGAAGGUGCAGUCAAAGUUCAAUUCCGUCCAGAGACUUUUUUUCUAGCAAUAUAAUAGAAGGAAGAGCUUAUAGUUUUGUUUUUUAGGAAAAAGAAGCAGUAUUUAGUUUACUGUUUGCAAGUGUUCAAAAAAUGUCCACGUGCAAUGAUCUUCAUCGUUCCACUGCCUUAAAAAUUCGAAGAGAUAAAUAUUGAAUAUUUGUGUCGGUGCAAUCAUAUGAUUUGUUAAGCUUUUGUUGUUAAAAGAGGAAUUUAUUUCUUCAUUUCUGCUGUUUAAAUCAAAAUUUGACCAAUUAUUUCUUCCUUUCAAAAGCAGUGGUUAUUUUUGCAAUAGGUUUAGUAAAAAGUGUUAAUAAGUUCUCUCUGUUUAAACAUCGUCAGUAUUAAAAUGUAACGUACCUCUCUAGCCAUAUUAUUUUGAGGUGGCUUUGCUCUAUUAACCCUUCUCACAAAGCAUGCCAUAGUUCGCAUGACAAAUAGUAAUAACGUAUGUACUUGUUAGUAAACUUUUGCACAUAAACCAUGAUUGACAUUGACACCAUGCUUACAGCUGAAUUUUCUUGAUAAACACAAUUUUUUAAAGUCAACACUGCUAUAAAUGACAUGGAAUUUAUGAAUUAUUUAAAUUAUAUUUGCCCAAUGAUGAAAAAGUGCAGCCGCAGCAAAUAACUUAAAAAAUUUGUAUGUAGUUUUCAAUUUUCUAUUAAAACACACAACAACGACCCAACUUGAUAUUUUGUAAAAGAAAAUGAGAAAUGACUUCAAAACUACGGUUUUCGAGACGCAAAUAAAAAUGAAAUUA